AUGACUGCACAAGGCCAGCAGAUCGAGGUCCUCCUCUACGGGUUGGGGGCCAUUGGAUCAUUCUACGCCUUUAUUCUAAGCAGAGUACCGCGUGUUAGAUUAACGGUUGUUGCUAGGUCAAAUUAUAACGCAGUGAAGGAAAAUGGAAUCGUUAUUGCGAGCGAAAACCAUGGAGAGCAUAACGUUCGCCCUUACAGAGUUGUAAGGAAUGCCGCAGAGGCGGAAGCGAAGUUUGACUACAUUGUCUGCGCUCACAAAGCCAUCACCCAGGAUGCAGUCCCCGCGGAAAUUGCCCCGGCAGUUGAUGCGGAGAAAUCCACGAUCGUCAUUAUUCAGAAUGGUGUCGGUAACGAAGUGCCAUUCCGCAAAGCGUUCCCCCACACAACAAUUAUCUCAUGCGUGACCUGGACUGGAGCCGCUCAGCCUCAGCCUGGGCACAUCAAACACACAAAGUCCGAGGACAUGCAAAUAGGAUUGUACCCGAAUGAUACCGACCAGGCAGUGGAGAAGCAGCGACUGGACGAAUUUGCAUCUCUAUUGACAGAGGGCAGGACAGUAUUCCAGGUGGUGCCCAAUAUCCAAGUACAGCGCUGGGAAAAGGUUGUUUGGAAUGCAGCGUGGAACUCGCUCACGACAUUAACACUACUCGACACGCAUUCAUGGCUUAGCUCCUCGCCAGACGCUACCCCAAUGACCCAACGAUUGAUGAGAGAAGUUAUCGAUGUUGCUAAGGCAUGCGAGGUGCCUAUCGAUUACGACCUGGUCGACAAGCUGAUCAACAAGAUCCUGGCUAUGCACCCCAUCGGCAGCAGCAUGCAAAACGACUUCAAAGCCGGUCGGCCGAUGGAAGUGGACAUUAUCCUCGGUUACCCCUACCGAAAGGGCAAGGAACUAGGGAUAGCUACCCCAACGCUAGACACCAUCUAUGUGAUUUUGAUGGGCACAAACCUUCGUCUUCUCAGGGAGUCCGGGCACUAG